GGCCCCGCCGCUGAGCCCACAGAAAUGACGUCAGGACACGCUCGGCCGCCGGAAUUUGCAUUUAAAGCGCGAUCCUGCCGCGCUGGAAGCGGGGGGUCUUUAAGCCUCCCCGGCAUCCGCGCCUCCCCUUUCGGGACAAGCCGCCGCGUCUCGGGAAGGGGCCCGCACAGCCCCGGAGAGCAGCCGGGGCCCUGCCGGGGCCGGGCGGAGCGGGGCCGGGGGCCGGGCCGCGGCCGCCAUGCCCAAGGUGGUGUCUCGCUCCGUCGUCUGCUCCGACACCCGUGACCGGGAGGAGUACGACGAUGGGGAGAAGCCGCUUCACGUCUACUACUGCCUGUGCGGGCAGAUGGUGCUGGUGCUGGACUGCCAGCUGGAGAAGCUGCCGAUGCGGCCGCGGGACCGCGCCCGGGUGAUGGACGCCGCCAAGCACGCCCACAAGUUCUGCAACGCGGAGGAGGAGGAGUGCGUCUUCCUGCGCAGGCCAGAAGGCAUCGAGCGGCAGUUCAGGAAGAAGUGUGGCAAGUGUGGCCUGUUGCUCUUUUACCAACACCAACAGAAAAAUGCACCCGUGACCUUCAUUGUUGACGGUGCUGUGGUUAAAUUUGGCCAGGGUUUUGGGAAAACAAACAUAUAUACCCAGAAACAAGAACCUCCCAAAAAGGUGAUGAUGACCAAACGCACCAAAGACAUGGGCAAGUUCAGUUCUGUCACCGUCUCCACCAUCGAUGAAGAGGAGGAGGAGAUUGAAGCGAGGGAGAUUGCAGACUCCUAUGCCCAGAAUGCAAAAGUGAUUGAGAAGCAGCUGGAACGCAAAGGCAUGAGCAAAAGAAGGCUGCAGGAGUUGGCUGAGUUGGAAGCCAAGAAAGCUAAGAUGAAAGGAACCCUGAUUGAUAACCAGUUCAAAUAAAAUGCUGCACAUCUGCUGGGUAUUUGCAGAGAAAGCUACCAGGAGCUAUCACAAAUCUGUCAACAAAGCAGAAGUAACAGACAGUGUUCAUGGGCAAUGUGCUGCAACCAGCUUGGAGGAUGAGUACAGCUCUGUCAUAAAUGAUACUGUGGUAACAAUUUUAAUAAUUCCAGUGGCACUGGAGACCUUGUUGUUCUGCAGUUCUCUACAGACCCAGUGUUAUGAGCAAGCUGUUCCAGCCAGAAUAUUUACUUUUGGGAAAAUCUUCACUGAGUGCCUUGCUGAGAUCAGUGCACCUUUAGAUACCUGUCUUUUUAUUUUUGUGGUUUUCAAAUGUGUAAGAUUUCCCUAAAUGUAUUGGAACAAAAGGUCAACUGUACAACAAAGAAAUCAUUACAAUAGUCA